AUGUUCAAAGUCGGCGGUUGGCUCAAGGGCCAUACGCCCGGACAUGCAAAGAGCCUAGACUCUUUGAGUGAACUUGCACAGACCGUCACCUAUAUCAUGGCCGACGAUAUCGAGAGCGCGGAAGAACAUCUCAACAAAGCCGCCAACGCCUUGUCCGUGGCCGAGAAUUCCGCGUAUGAAUACCAAAGAAGGGCCGGGAAAGAUUCGAGCGCCUAUCAAUCAGCCAUAUACCCUCCAGGUACCGAAUACGCCGUAUGCCAGGCAGAGGCACAGCUGAUGAGUGCUGUUGUCGGUGUACUCAACGAGAGUUUGACGGAAGCGAUCAAAAGCUUCUACAAGCUGAGGAAGGCAUACAUUGCACUGGAAAGUGUGAUGGAGAACGAGAAGAAGUUUGUGAACAAGAAGAGCACAAGCAGCGUCAACUCUCUACGAUCUCGCCCUGCUACUUCUAAAAGCACAUCAGCGGCUGCUUCGGCUGCUAAUCCCAACCAGGCGACUCCACUAACUGAACCACAUGUCAACAAGGCUAUUUCAGAGCCAAAGAAAGCCGAGGACAAUGAUGACGACGACAUCGACUUUGUAGAUGCCGCAGAAGACCGUCCUGGAGAUCAGACACCACUAGAGUACAUGGGUCAUUUCAAUUUCGCUACUGAAAAAGAGACUUCUGUUGGUACAAACAACGCACAAAAGCAAACCCCGGCCGACUCCAUACCAAACGCCAUCGAAUACUUCGAACGGCUCACUUUGAACGACGAAGGCACGCCAGGGGCCGAUAUUGCGAACUUCAGUGAUAAACCUGUAGACAUAUUCAUUCUUUCCGGAUCCAACUUUUGCUUUGGCAUGUUACUGCUCAUUCUCUCUUUCAUACCACCAUCUUUUGCUUCUUUACUGAAGAUAGUCGGCUUCACUGGCGAUAGAGAAAGAGGUAUGAGAAUGCUGUGGCAAGCUACAAAGUUCCACAACAUUCACGGCGCCAUGGCCGGUGUUGUGCUGAUGGGCUAUCUGAACGGAUUCACGAAUUUCUGUGAUAUAAUACCUUCCAAAGGCCAAGGUGCAUAUCCCAAGGAACGGUGCAUAGCUUUGCUCCGUUAUAUGCGCGAAAGAUACCCAAAGAGCCAUCUUUGGCUGCUUGAAGAGGCGCGAAUGCUCGCCUCGGAAAAAAAGCUAGAGAAGGCGGUUGAGUUCAUCGCCGAGGCGGGCGAAUCAAAACUCAAACAACUCGAAGCCCUAUCCUGGUUCGAACGCAGUCUCAACAACAUGUACAUGCAUGAGUACGAAGCGUCCGCCUUGGCAUUUGCAAAGUGCGCCACUCUCAACAACUGGAGUCAUGGGUUGUACUACCACAUUAUUGCCGCCUCGUAUGUGGAACUAUAUAGGCGGAACAAGACAACAAAUCCGGUGGAAGCGAAGAAGUAUGGCGCAAAGGCAGAGGAGUACAUGAAGAUGGUUAUCCCAAACACUGGCAAGAAGAAGUUCAUGGCACGUCAGCUACCAUUUGACGUCUUCGUUGUCCGCAAGAUCCAGAAAUGGGAAGCGAGAGCAAAAGCAUGGGAUUGCGAUCUUGUGGACGCGGUUGGAGUGUCUCCGCUCGAAGAAAUGAUCUAUUUCUGGAACGGGUACAAGCGGAUGCGAGACGACCACCUCCAGGUCUCUCUGGCUAAUCUGGCAUGGAGUGAAUCAGCUGCCAAUCCACACUGGGAGAAAGAAGGUCCGGAUGAGAAGUCUAUUCUCAAUGUACUUCGUGCGGCUACCUUGAGGAACAUGGAUCAGACAGCCAAGGCUAAAGCCAUCCUAGAACAGGAAGUUCUGCCCGUUGACCGUGCACUUCUAACCGGCAAUUUCAAAGACAACUGGAGUGCGCCUUGUGCGCGGUAUGAGAUGGCUGCUAAUGUUUGGCGCGAGGCCGAUGUGGAUGGCCAUCCUGAAGAUCAUCCUGAACUGCUGGUUCAAUGCAAGAACUGGCUUGAGGAGGUCACCAAAUGGGGUGGAUUCGAUUUGGAUGCUAGAAUUGGCAUGAAGAUUACGACAGGAAAAGAGACGCUGCGGAAGUUGGGCGUACAGUGCUGAGCGGUCUUGCGGUGGUGGUUAAAGCAACCAUUUGAAGUACAAAGAUGCGACAAAGACAUACGAGCAAUAUGAGAUGAAAACUGC